AUGCCACCCAACGAAGCAAUUAUAGAGCAAGCGAUCGCUCAAUUGAAUCGACAAUUGAUUCCUAAAUAUGCUGAGGUUGCAAAGGAAUUCGGAAUCAAUCGCAUUACCUUGAUGCGGCGGUUCAAAGGUCAACAGGUCUCCAGAACAGAGGCAACAUCAAUCUACUGUCAGAAUCUCACAAAUACUGAAGAACAACGCCUCCUAUUUCAUAUUAAUCUGUUAUCCGAUCGCGGCUUCCCUGUGACACCUCAAAUACUGCGCAAUUUUGUAUUUGAGAUCACCAAAAUGCAAUUGCAGGAGAAGAUCAAGCAGUAUAAUAUCCUACCCCAGAACACCUACAAUUUCGAUGAAAAAGGCUUUCUUCUUGGCCUCCUUCAUACCCUCAAGCGAAUCGUUUCUAUAGAAGCUCUCAAACAGAAGCAUACAAUUGGAGCAGUGCAGGAUGGCAGUAGAGAAUUCAUUUCUCUGCUUGCCAGUAUUUGUGCAGAUGGAACUACAAUUCCACCUGCACUCAUUUACCGCAGGGAAUCAAGAGAUAUGCAAGAUACGUGGCUUGAAGAUUUUGAUCCUAAAAAGGAUCAGGCAUACUUCGCUGCUUCAGAAAAUGGAUGGAAUCCUGCCCGCGUUCUCAAAAAGAUUCAACCACGUCCACUUACACCCCCGGAACUGCUUCAGCAGCGUACACCUACAUCUAUACGAUCUUUGCAAGGCCUGAUAAAGCAGGCAAGUCAACGUCACCGCCGACUUUCAGUUGAUAUUAAAAAAAUUCUCCGCGCUGGGGAGAAUAUUGCUCUGGACAGAGAGGUUCUCUUAAUAGAGAAUAAGAAUCUUCAGACUGCUCUAAAUAAUGAGAGAAGGCGACGCAAACGGGGUAAGCAUAUGGGGUUGCUUAAUCCAUCAAAUCCCUCACUUGCUCAAUUCUUUUCUCCCACAAAGGUGCAGGCCGCGAGGGAGCAAGCAGAUGCUAAUGAAACUGCGAAAAUCAAUGAUCAGGCACGCAAGGAGGAUAUGAAGCUUCAACGAGCGGUUCUUCGUGAGCAAAAGCAGGCAGAGCUCAUGGAGCGGAAGGAACAACGUGAGAAGGAACGUUUAGAAGCUGCUCAACGCCGUGAAGAGGCCAAAGCUGCAGCUGCAGCUAAAAAUUGUAUAGAGAAGCAACGGCGAGAUGAACAGAAGCUUCAACUGCAAAAAGAGAAGGAAGAACAUGCUGCUAAACAUCAUGAAGCACAGUUGGCAAAGAAGGCACUCGCGGAGGCCUCAAAGAGGCCUACAAGAAGAUCAACAGUGGGCUCAAAACACCGUAGAAGCUCUAUACAACCUUCUAAAAGCGAGCGCUUUUUGGAGUUCGUUAUAGACUCAGAUAACCAAGCUCACAAACACUCUAUGGGAUUUCAACAAAAGGCUGGAUAUUUAAGCUAG